AUGCCACCAGUCCUGACUCUCCUGACCUUUCUUCUGCCAGUAGGAGAUGGAGCAGAGGAGGUCAUCGGAGGCCAUGAGGUCAAGCCCCACUCCCGCCCUUACAUGGCAUUAAUAGCUUUUCUGAAAGUUAAUGGGAUUGGAAGUUCCUGUGGUGGCUUCCUGGUUCAAGACUACUUUGUGCUGACAGCUGCUCACUGCAUUGGAAGCACAAUGACAGUCACACUGGGGGCCCACAACCUCCAUGCACAGGAGGAGACUCAGCAGAUUAUCCCCGUGGAUAAAGCUUUGCCCCACCCAGACUAUAAUCCUCUGGAUCACACCAGUGACAUCAUGCUAUUAAAGGGUGACUCUGGGGGACCCCUCGUGUGUGACAACAAAGCAUAUGGAGUUUUGUCUUAUGUAAAAUCCAAGAANAUCUCUUCUGGAGUCUUCACUAAGGUUGUGCACUUCCUGCCGUGGAUAAGCAAGAACAUGGAGCUGCUCUAA